AUGUCCGAACUCUGGUACCAGAGCCCCGCCGGCAAUUGGGAUGAAGCUCUACCUGUCGGAAAUGGGCGCUUGGGCGCUAUGGUUUACGGAAGGACAGAUACAGAACUAUUGCAACUCAAUGAGGAUUCAGUCUGGUAUGGAGGACCCCAGAACAGGACCCCGACCGACGCUCUUCGCCAUCUGCCACGGUUGAGAGAAUUGAUCCGCAACGGCGACCACGGGGAGGCGGAAAAGUUGGUUCGUCUGGCCUUUUAUGCACACCCUAUCAGCCAGCGGCAUUACGAGCCUCUCGGUACGCUAUUUUUGGAGUUUGGUCAUAAGUGGGAGGAUGUGGCUGAAUACCGACGCUCCUUGGAUCUUCAGAAUGGCAUAACCCAGGUGCAAUAUGAGUAUAAGGGGGUCCAGUUCGAACGGGAGGUUCUCGCUAGUCAUCCGGAUGCUGUGAUUGCGAUGCGCAUUCAAGCAUCCGAACGUACUGAGUUUGUUGUCCGCCUGAGUCGGAUGAGCGAGCUUGAAUAUGAGACCAAUGAGUAUCUGGACGACGUUAACACUGACGGUCAUCGCAUUAUCAUGCACGCUACCCCUGGUGGACGAGACAGCAACAAAGCGUGCUGUGCUGUUAACAUUCGCUGCAAGGACGAUGGUACCGUUACUAAGAUCGGAAAUAGCCUUCUAGUAAAUUCUCGAGGCGUCCUAUUAUUUGUUGCAGCGCAAACCACGUAUCGAUGUCAAGAUGUCGAUCAUGCCGUGUAUGCGGAUCUCGCGGGCGCCUUGGGAUUCUCCACUGCGAAAAUAUGGUCCCGACAUAUAAAUGACUAUUUGACUUUAUAUGGUCGCAUGGAGCUGAUUAUAGGCCCAGAUGCCAGUGACUUGCCUACUGAUGAGAGACUCAAGUCUGCGCAUGACCCGGGGCUGAUAGCUCUCUAUCACAAUUACUGUCGCUAUCUCUUAAUAUCUUGCAGUCGAGAGGGAGAGAAACCACUCCCAGCAACACUGCAAGGCAUCUGGAACCCGUCUUUCCACCCGCCAUGGGGCUGCAAAUAUACUCUUAACAUAAACUUGCAGAUGAAUUACUGGCCCGCGCAGAUGAGUAACCUCGCGGAAUGUGAGAUGCCGUUGUUUCAUCUCCUACAGCGAAUCGCGGAGGCCGGGAAACAGACGGCGCAGGGGAUGUACGGCUGUAGAGGCUGGACUGUACACCAUUGCACCGACAUCUGGGCUGAUACCGCUCCGGUGGACAAAUGGCUGCCAGCAACCCUUUGGCCCUUAGGAGGCGCUUGGUUAUGUACCCAUAUCUGGGAGCAUUUCCGAUUUAAUGGCAAUGAAACGUUCCUGCGGCAGAUGUUUCCAGUUCUACGGGGAUGCGUAGAGUUUCUUCUGGAUUUUUUAAUCGAGGAUGUCUCUGGAAAAUAUCUCGUCACGAAUCCCUCCGUGUCCCCAGAAAACUCGUUCUACGAUGCCCACGGGUCCCCGGGGAUUUUAUGCGAGGGGUCCACCAUCGACAUCCAGCUCGUCAAUGCAGUACUGGAUGACUUUGUGAAAUCGGCCGAGGUCCUAGGUAUUGACGACACGUUGCUUCCAGCCGUUCGCAAUACGCAAGAACAACUACCACCCAUGCGCAUCGGAUCUUUUGGACAGCUACAGGAAUGGAUCACUGACUUUGCCGAAGUCGAACCGGGCCAUCGCCACAUCUCCCAUCUCUGGGCAUUGUACCCUGGAGACAGAAUCCUACCGGAGAAGACACCCGACCUUGCCGAAGCGUGUUCUAAGACUCUCCAGCGAAGAGAAACCAGCGGUGGGGGUCAUACAGGUUGGAGCCGAGCAUGGUUGAUCAAUCUGCAUGCACGGCUGCGAGCAGCCGAAAACUGUGCGCAGCAUCUAGACCGUCUAUUGGCACAGUCCACGUUGCCCAACCUGUUGGACACCCAUCCACCGUUCCAAAUCGACGGUAACUUUGGCGCUGGCGCAGGGAUCCUGGAGAUGCUUGUCCAAUCCCACGAGGAGGGGAUUAUUCGGCUUCUCCCUGCAUGUCCUGCCAGUUGGAGGACCGGAUCUCUUCAAGGUGUGCGAGCCAGAGGGGGAUUCGAAUUGGCGUUCGAUUGGAAAGACGGUCUGAUCCAGGGCUCGGUCACAGUUCGCUCACUCCGGGGACACAGAACUGUCCUCUAUUUCCCCAACGAUGGGGCGCGUGUAGAAGUCCAAGGCGAAGGCGUUCACGUAAUUAAGGCGCCAAAUUAA